AUGUCUUCUAUCAUCGUUGGGUUGCAGUGUAUGGGUUUCUGCUUCGCUGAAGGACUCGGUUCUAUUCAGAAGUACAAAGGAUCACUACUGAAUGCAUCCCACUACCAUGUAGUGAACCUCGCGACCAGCACUGCCGUUGGAGCAGAGGUGACCCAUAACUUUGUAACCAGCGAGAACACCAUCACAAUUGGCACUCAGCAUUCAUUGGAUCCUUUGACAACUGUGAAGGCACGGGUUAACAAUUUUGGCCAGGCAAAUGCUCUGAUCCAGCAUGAAUUUUUUGCUGACUUGGGUCUUGUUUGUUAUGUGAAUUAGCAUUAGUAAGUUAUGCACUUGGAACCACCUUGAUGUGUGAUCUCAUCUGUUGAGAUGGAAAUCAGCAAAUGGCAAUUGUUCCUUGUAAUUUCUGCAACAAGUUUCAUUGAUUUUUUGUAUCCAAUUUGCAAAUAGAUA